CGUGCCGCCGCACAGUGUCCGUAUCCGCCGCAGCCGCCGCCGCGUAUAUUAUCGCGUCGUUUGUUGUUGUCGCUAUACUUAUAUUAUCGCACCGGCGACGUACCCCUUUAAUUCGUCCGUUACAGCAGUCCACGCGCCACCAUGAGAAGAGUUUCCGGACCGUCCGCGUUGAUCGUCGUUUGGCUAGUCGUUUUUGCCGCCGUCGUCCAUUCGUCGUCGUCGUCCAGCGUUAUGUACGAAAUGGCCGAUUUGGCGUUUACACGGCUGGUGGCGCACAACUGUUACGAGGCGUACGACCCAGAAAAAUGCAACGAGCUGUCCGACAUGUCGGCCAAGGACGUGCGGCUGUACUUCGGCGGCAUGUUGCCCAACGACACAGUGGUGGCCGUACUGCCGGACGGCGACGCUCAGCUCACCGCUAAGCCGCGCGACGCGUUCCUAGUUCUCGACCCGUUUCCCGCGUACAAGUUCGGCCACCCUAUGUUCAUGUUCUACGUGGACACCGCCGUAGACGUGAGGAAAUGCGAAGACACCGAAGGCAUUUACUCGGUGCUUAGUGACAAUACGACAGUGUGCAUGCAGAUGGUACGUAGCCGGUGGUGCAACGAACGACCGAUGACGUCGUCGUGGGACUGUCAGGUGAAAUUUUUGCCACUAGUGGUGCCCACGCGCAGCGCCCGUCUCCAAGCCGACAAUGUGCUUAGCUGUGUCGACCACAAGGACACGUUCCUGAUGAACUGUCCUCGAAUCCGAGACGAUGGCGCCGAGCUGUCUGACGAAUGCAACCACCUGAAAACCAACACCAGAGGCUGCGAUACGGGCAACUUUAAAUGUUCCACGCACAAACCUACCAACCAGGCUGUAAUGUUGUUCGGAGGUUGGAACCGAAAUACGGCCGACUUCGUUACUACAUAUGAUUUAAUGUCUCUAAAGGAUCGGCUGGUCUCCUGGGGGUUCUCAGUUAACAAUAUUCGUACGUUUUUCGCAAACGGUUUAGGCAUGGAAAUUGAUGAUGACGGCACUGAAUACUCAACGACCAUGAGCAACGUCGAACCGGCUACUAAAUUGAACAUCCGGAGGUACAUCAAAGGCAUCUGUACAGCUCCAAGGUGUGCGGACACAUUCUUUUUGUAUUUGUCAAGUCCGACCAGAAGGGACGGAAACGCGUUACUCUGGGACGCCAACGGUAACGGAAUUGUGGAAAGCGACGAAAUAUACUUAGCCAAAGAGUUCUUGCACGAUAUAUCACACUGUACUGCUCGUCGUGUAGUCGUGUUCGUCGACCAAAGCUAUAGUGGCAUGUUACCACUUCAUGCUCAGUUCUCUAGAAGACGUAUCGAGAACGUGAUGAUCAUACCGACCACGAGGAUGGACGACUGGACGCCCAGGCAUAGUUUCAACGCUUAUAUGAGAGAGGCCAGUCGAAUGGCGUGCCUGUCAGAGUACAUUAAGCCGUUUCAAGAAUCUCAAAUAAUGCCGCCAGUAUUUACCGGAAUUUUCAUGGAGCAAGAGAUGAGAAACAUCACAAUAUCAGGCGUCAGACCUUGCGUUCAGCGAUGAUGCAUUUUUAAUACAUUAGUCAUUAUAAACAGAUGGUAUUCUUUUGUACUACUAUUAUUAUUAUUUCAUGGCUAUACGUGAAGUAUUAAAACUACAAAUAUGUUGUUCUUCUUAUUAAUUUAUUUUUUCCAAUUUUUAUUAUAUAUUAUAUAAACGGCCAAAAAAAUCGCCUAGGGCGUGGAUCUUCAUGAUAUAGUCUAACAUAUCGAUCUAUAUGAUAAUAAUAUGUUAUUAUGAAAAUCGUGUUAAAUUUUGUCCACUAUUUAGU